UGUUGGUGGUAAAUGACAGGUUGUCAUUUGUUGUAAAAUAAAUAAAUUUCAUUAAAAUUCAGCUAAAAGUUAAUAUGUUAUUCAUUAAAAAGAUUUAAAAGAAAUGAUAAGAAUAAAUGACCAUGUUGCACUAGACGUCAGUGGGCCAGGUGAUAGAUUAUUGGAUAAAAGAAAACCAGAGAGUUUUAAAAGGUCCUGGAACAGACAACCAAAAAGCGUGAAAAACCUUAUAAUCACAAUAGGUAUAAUACUAUGCCUGACCCUAGUUUAUUUAGUUUUGAUAGAACCAAAGUCCACUGUGAUAUCGGUGGAUCAUAGCAAUAGUGAGAAUAGACUUAAAAAUAUAAGGAACGAUCCCAGAGAUGUGGAGCAACCUUUUAAUGAAGUUAAUAGGGAGAGUCAGGUGUUAGAAGAGCCCAAUGAAGCAGCAGUAGACAAUAAUGUUAAUGUUAAGCACAAUGAUGUUUUACAACCACCAAAAAUUAAUACAGAAUUUACUGGGCCUACCACCAGUAGACAGCAAGCCGUAGUAAACGCCUGCAAACAUGCCUGGAAGGGCUACAAAAAAUUCGCCUGGGGUCACGACCAUUUGAAGCCCAUUUCCGAAGGCUACCAAGACUGGUUCAACCUGGGCUUGACGAUCGUCGAUUCUUUAGACACCCUGUAUAUUAUGGGGUUGAAAGAAGAGUAUCAAGAAGCUAGAGACUGGGUGGACAAAAACCUGCAUUUUGAUAUAAACAGGGAUAUUAAUUUAUUUGAAGUUACCAUAAGGGUUUUGGGUGGAUUACUGGGUAUCCACCAUUUAUCCAAAGAUGAUAUGUAUUUAAGAAAAGCCGUUGACUUAGCCGAUAGACUUUUGCCUUGCUUCGAAUCCGAAUCGGGAAUCCCCUUUUCCGACGUGAAUUUAGCCACAAGGAAGGCUCACGCGCCAAAAUGGUCGCCCGAUAGUAGUACUUCCGAAGUUAGCACUUUACAGCUAGAAUUUAGGGAUCUUAGUCGAAGUACUGGCGAUCCAAAAUAUGAGACUGCAGUUGCUAAAGUGUCAGAGCACAUACACAAUUUAGAGAAAAAAGAUGGCUUAGUUCCUAUAUUUAUUAAUGCGAACACUGGACAAUUUAGGGCUUACUCGACUAUAACUUUGGGCGCCAGAGGCGAUAGUUAUUACGAAUAUUUGUUGAAACAAUGGAUACAGACUGGAAAGUCGAUUGAUUUUCUGAGGGACGACUACAUCGAGGCGGUAGCGGGCAUAAAAGAGAAACUGGUCCGUCGUACAGUACCGAACGGCUUCACCUUCAUAGGCGAGCUUUUGGGCGGCGGGAAAGAGUUCAAACCGAAAAUGGACCAUCUCACCUGCUAUCUGGCCGGCACCUUGGCCCUCGGGGUGCACAACGGCAUGCCGGACGGCCAUUUGCGACUGGCCGAGGAGCUGCUGGCCACCUGCUACCAAACUUACGCGCAGCAGCCGACGUUUUUGGCGCCCGAGAUCACCUACUUCAAUAUACAGGGUGAAAAUUCGAACGAUAUGUACGUUAAAACUAACGAUGCACACAAUCUUCUCCGUCCCGAAUUUAUCGAGAGUUUGUGGUACAUGUACCAGUUUUCCGGUAAUGUUACCUACCAGGAUUGGGGCUGGCAAAUAUUUCAGGGCUUCGAGAACUUCACGAAAGUGGCGAACGGUUACACGUCGAUAGGCAACGUGCGCAACACCGCCAACGUCCGUCCGCGCGACAUGAUGGAGUCGUUUUUCAUGAGCGAAACGUUAAAGUAUCUCUACUUGCUGUUCAGCGACAAUCCGAAACUGAUAGACCUCGAUAAGUACGUUAUAAACUCGGAGGCGCAUCCUCUGCUGGUGCGCGACUCCUGAGCCAACAACGAGAUUACGUAUUAUUAACGAAAGAAGAAAAAUCUAGUCGAAACAAUAAAACAGUUUAAAACUACGCGUUUAAGGCUUGUAACGGUACCAUUGCGUCCGGAAACUGGCGAAGACAGCAAGUUCCAGGGAUGAUGAUAACAUCCUUAAAAUGUUCUGUCUUUGUUAGUUUAGGACCCCAGUACAAAAAAGACUCAUAAAAAUUGAUUUUAUGGAUGGAAAAGUUGUCUGUAACUUAUUUUUAUUUAUGAG